UGUUCAGUAAAGUUUUCAGUAUGUGCUGUGGCAAAACCUUUUUACAGCAGUUUUGCCUGCUGGUGGCGGAAGAGUUUUUACUAAUUCCGCUUUGAAAAGUUGCAAGCUGCUGUGUAAUCAAAUGCUAAAAAGCUAUUACAAAUUAUGGACAGGAAGUAUUUCUUACACUGGAAGUGGGCAUUUUAAGCAGUUACAGUAAAUGUAUUCUGUUUCUGAGCAGCCUCGUUUACGAAAGCUCUGCCUCCCAUUUGUACGAGAUUACAAACAGGACAAAUUACCAAGUGACCAGCCAGUGCAGCUGCUUGUGAAAGCCUAGCGUGUAGGCCUGAUGACUUAAACAAGCUGGAUCAUUGCCAUUUAAAGGGAUUCAAAGGGAAAAACAAACAGUUUGAAAAUAAAUUAUAUGCUUUAAAAGAAUGCGGGGAAAGGGGAUUUAAAUGGAAGUAACAGAUCAAGAAUGCUUUAAAGAAGCAAGGGACAGCUUCAUAGAACCAGUAUGAUAACUUGCUAGGUGAGGAUAAUAUGAUACAAAAUUAUGCUAAGCCAUUUUAGGAAAAACAAAGGCAGAUUUACAAGCAAUGAGAAAUAUCUUUUGGCUCACUGCGAACCUUAUCCUACACUUGAUGAGUGAAGGAUAUUUCUGACUUGUUUUGAAAAUUGUACAUCAGCUCGUAUUUCUCUGUCAAAGCUCCGUUUUGGUACACACUUCUGAAAUGCACGCUGUUUCUCCACAGGAGUGCGUGGAAGUCUCUUCUUCCCACUUAACUGUUUAGAGGUGUUCCAAAAGGGCAGGCCCUGAGCAUUUUUCUGGUGGCACGGGUGGUACUGACUGGACACGGACACUGCUUCUUGCCUCUCUUAAAGAUGAACACGCACCUGUCCUUCUAGUCAGGGGCUGGAGAUUCUGCAGACAGCUCAGCCAUCAUGGCUCAUGCUACCAUUUACAUGGGUGUGACUAUUCCUCAGUUCCUGAGAGGUGCUAGCAGAAUUUGUCCUGCUCGUGCUACGCUGGCGGUGUUGAGGCACUCUGCUUUUUGUUACUGCACAGGGAAUGGCACAUUAAAAUCAAAAAGGAAAAUGGAUCACCUAGAGAGAACAGCAAGCAAUUUUCGCCAGGAGGUAAUUUCACAAGCCAAAGUGUGUGGAAUCACCAAUGAAUCGGAGACAGUCAAAAGACUCCGUUUGGCUAUUGCAAAUAAAGAUUUUACAUUCAAAGCAGGACAGUGGGUUGAUUUCUUUAUUCCUGGAAUAUCUGUAGUUGGGGGAUUCUCAAUGUGUUCAAGCCCCGGUCUGUUGGAACGAGAAGGAAUAUUAGAGCUGGCAGUUAAGUACACUGCUCAUCCUCCUGCUCACUGGAUUCACACUGAGUGUACUCUUGACUCAGAAGUGGCUCUGCGAGUGGGAGGUGAUUUCUUCUUUGAUCCUCAGCCUGGUGACUCCCCUGUAAAACUAGUGCUGAUAGCAGGGGGUGUUGGAAUUAACCCACUGUUUUCUAUACUGCUGCAUAUAGCAGAUCUUCAUGGAUACCAAGAGGGUAAAGGAAAUGCAUACAAAAUGGGAACGGUGAAGCUGUAUUACAGUGCAAAAAAUACAAAGGAACUCUUAUUUAAGAAAAAUAUUCUUGGCUUGAUGAAUGCAUUUCCUGGAAAGAUCAUGUGUCGUUUCCACGUUACCCAGCAGAGCUCACAGAUCUGCGAAGAGCUUCAGCCGCAUGUCACAGAGGGAAGAAUAUCUGAAAAGGAUCUAGAAAAACAUGUAUCUAAGGAUACUUUAUGGUACAUCUGUGGUCCGCCUCCAAUGAUAGAAUCUAUAUCCAAACUACUGUCCAACAUUGGUGUUCCUAGAAACUGUGUUUUCUUUGAGAAAUGGUGGUAGUGAACAGAAAAUUGUUUGUUUUCAGUGUAUUUUGAUACAGUAAAAUGUACAGAAAAUGGACUUUGAAUUAUUUGGGAGAUUUUACUUCAUAAAUGAAGCUGUCUUCAAUCAUGUUCUUUUAAUUUAACAGUAAUAUAACUGUAAUACAGUGCUGCUGCUUUUGGAAAAAAAGUGAUUUUAUAUUAAAGACAUUAACUGUU